CCCCUUGAAAAGCCACACACAUAGAGGCAUUUUUUUUUAAAAAAAGUAAAAUGUCAAAUAACCAAGCAAAAGACAGCAACAGCGAUGUCUCUGAAUUAGAUCCAAGAGAAUUAAGUGAAGGAGUUUUUGAUCAACAUGCAGUUCAACUUGGUUAUGCUGAAGAUCCCGAGAUUCCUUUGACUGUUGACAGUUUUCCUAGCAAAUCAGGUGGAAGACCCAUUUGGCUUAAUCCAGAGCAUAUUCUUUCAGUAGAUAAAGUGAUUUGUGGUAACUGUGAGCAACCCAUGAAUUUAUUACUGCAGUUAUAUACUCCAGAAGAUGAGCCACCUGAAGCAUUCCAUAGAACUGUUUAUGUAUUUUGUUGUAAAAAUGGUGGCUGUGUCAAACAGGACUGGAAAAAGAGCUUCAAAGUGUAUAGAACUCAAUUACCUCGUGAAAAUCCUUAUUAUCCACCACAUACAGAAGAAGAAGAAGAAGAGGAGGAGGAAGAGGAGAAUAGCAGUGCUGCAGCAUUCACACCAAAACAAUUUAAAGCACCAUCACUCUGCGUUAUUUGUGGAAUAGCUGGUACAAAGUUGUGUGGUAAAUGUGGAUCAGCCAGUUAUUGUUCCAGAGAGCAUCAAAUGGCAGAUUGGAAUAUGUGUAAUCAUAAGAAGUUCUGUGGCCAAUCCAUUAGUAAAGAAGAUCAGACAGCUAUUGACAAACUACGAUCUUGUCGUGUUUUUGCAGAAAAAGAAAUUGUAAGCGAACCAGAGGGAAAAGGCGCUGAUGUGGAAGAAGAAGAAAAGCAGGCUGCAUUUUUUAAAGAGAAUAAUCCUGGAGAGCAGCCUGAUUCUAAAGCUCUUGUGCUUGCUGGAGAUGAAGCAGAGGAAGAUACAAAGGUCGACGUUGAUGAUACAUUCUUACAGUUCCAAUUGAGAGUCCAAUUGUACCCUGAUCAAGUGAUACGGUAUGAUCGUGUAGAAUAUGACAUGCCUGAGCGCGAGCCUUUAUGGGUACAAGCAAGAUACAAACCAGAAUCUAUACCCGCCUGCGAUCACUGUCAUGGUCCUCGUACCUUUGAGUUCCAAAUCCUUUCUACUUUACUCAACUAUCUUGGUGUUAAUCAUGUUGCCACUGAUUCUCUCGAUUGGGGAUCGCUAUACAUUUACAGCUGUAAAGCCAAUUGCUCUAUCGGAGACGACAUAUACGCUGAAGAAUACAUUUGGAAGCAGGACUUUUCAUCAGAUGGUGUUCGACUUGGCCCCAAGGAAGCUGAGCAUUUGCUUAGACGACAGUAA